UAACACUAAACCUUGUUUAUGAGAGUAGUUUAUGCACAAAAAGAAAAGUGGGUGAAAGCACAAUUACAGAGAGAGAAAGUUCGUGGAAACAACCUUCACCGUUCAUCAAUUCCACUGAUACUGACACCCACACGCUCAUCCAUUUCCACUCAUUCACUCUCUCUCAACCUCUUCAAGGAUAAAGAAUUCAUGGGUGGAUCACAUUCAAAACGGAGAGGCUCUAGAAGCUCUAGGCAGCGUUCUUCAUCAUCUUCAAGGUCAAAUCCUAUGUUUCCUCAAUAUCAAUCUCCUUAUUUGCCACAACCACAAGAUCAUGGGGUAAUGGGGUAUAAUUAUGAGACUCCGCCUCCUCCUCAAAGCUAUGGUGGUAGUGUUGCUCAUCAACAAAGUAAGAGUUCCGACAAGAAGUUUACAAGGAUAGGUGAUAAUUAUACUAGUUUGGAACAGGUAACUGAGGCUCUGGCAAGUGCUGGUUUAGAGUCUUCCAAUCUCAUUGUUGGUAUCGAUUUUACAAAAAGCAAUGAGUGGACAGGUGCAAGGUCUUUUCAAAGGAAAUGCCUUCAUCACAUCGGGCAUGAACAAAAUCCCUAUGAACAAGCUAUAUCUAUCAUUGGGAAAACACUGUCCUCCUUUGAUGAGGAUAACUUGAUUCCUUGUUUUGGAUUCGGAGAUGCUUCAACACACGACCAAGAAGUUUUUAGUUUCAAUGCCGAGGAUAGAUUUUGUCAUGGGUUUGAAGAAGUGUUGUCACGUUAUAGAGAAUUGGUCCCUCAAUUAAGGCUUGCAGGACCCACAUCAUUCGCCCCUGUCAUUGAGAUGGCAAUCACCAUAGUUGAGCAAAGUGAAGGCCAAUACCAUGUUUUAUUGAUUAUAGCAGAUGGGCAGGUGACAAGAAGUGUUGACACUGAGCGUGGGCAAUUGAGUACACAAGAAAGAAAAACUGUAGAAGCAAUUGUGAAAGCUAGUGAAUAUCCCCUGUCAAUUAUACUAGUUGGAGUUGGAGAUGGGCCAUGGGACAUGAUGAAAGAAUUUGACGAUAACAUACCUGCUCGAGCAUUUGAUAAUUUCCAGUUUGUGAAUUUCACCGAAUUAAUGUCAAAGAAUAUGGAUCGGUCUAGAAAGGAAGCCGAGUUUGCACUUUCUGCGUUAAUGGAAAUACCUUCGCAGUACAAGGCAACACUAGAACUUAAUAUAUUGAGCAAUCGUAGAAGGAAUGAUAUACAUAGGAUUCCUCUACCACCACCUCAAUAUGGUACAUCGUCUUUCAACACCCCAAAAUCUUCCAAUCAAAACAAUUUUCGCCCCAGUGCGCCAUCUCACAACAAACCAAGUGUUAUCACGAACCCACAUGCAAGUUCUGCUUCUGAUAAUCAGUUUUGUCCCAUUUGCCUUUCCAAUCCGAAGGAUAUGGCCUUUGGUUGCGGACAUCAGACAUGCUGCGAGUGCGGUCAAGAUCUUGAGCUAUGCCCCAUUUGCAGGAGUAACAUUGCUACUAGAAUAAAGCUUUAUUAGAUUAUAUCUCUGAAAACUUGUGCAGGGUUUUUGGUGUUGAAGUAUGAAACCUAGCAAGUUUCUUGAUGACUAGGGAGGUGUAAAUAGUUUUGGCAUUACAUACUCAAGUCCAUGCUUUGAGCGCAUUUUAUUUUAGUGUUGGUUCUCCAUUGAUAUAUUUAUUUUUUGGAAAUCCAUCAAUAUAAUUUCCAUGCUUAAUGUUUUAUAAAUAUUAGGGUUUUUUGAA